UCCCGAGAUCCAUCAGGAUCUUUCUUUUUUCUUUUUUCUGGCAGCUGGGGCUUCCUAUUCUCAGGGCAGUUGUAAGGUUGGGGGCGUGGGGAGGGGCGAAGGGAGAGGGAGGUGAGGGGAAAGGGAGAAGGAGAGUGAUUGGUGUGUGCCUUUCUCCACUCCCGCCAGGAGAGAGUCCGGGCCGGGUUUUGCACCUUGUCCCCGGGUUCGGUCUCACGGCCUCAAGCGGCUGCUGCUUCUUUGCUGCUGCUUGCCGCUGCUGCUGCCGCCGCCGCCGCUGCCGCCUCUGCCGCCGCUGCUCUCCCUGCUGCUGCUGCUGCUGCUGGGCUGCUGCUGCUACUGCUGCUGCUUCUGUGUUUACUGAGCUCUCUUGUCCUGAUAUCACUCCGCUGGCAUGGAGGAGGAGGAGGAGGUGGAGGAGAGAGAGGAGGAGGAGGAUGAGGAGGAGGAGGAGAGCACUUGAUCAUUGUGAUGGUGGCAGGAGGAGCAGCCGCAGCAGUAGCAGCAGCAGCAAAAGCCAAGCGUUGGGGGUUCUUAUCAGCUCGGCGUGUUUUUUUUUUUUUUUUUCAAAGGACUUCACCGAUCUACUUUUGCAAUCACCCCCGGGAUUGUUCAUAUGUUUACUUCCCCCCAACCCGAGGAUUUGAUAUUUAGGUUCCUGUGAAAUGCUACCGAGCAGCCAAAGUACUUUGAGAACACGGGGCGGCAUAAACACCAAAACUUUUUUGUGGAAGGAAAAUGCAAUAAGAAAGCUCGCUGUCUUUUGAUGCUGUGAGUGUGGAGCGAGUGUGUGUAUUGUGUGUCUGCCUGGGGUGCCUUUGCCUGUUUGCGAGUGUGUGUGGUGUGGUGUGUGUAUGUGUAUAUGUGGCUUUUCCCCUCGAAUAUAGGGAGAAAAUGCUUGCCAACCACCGGAAAUCUCCUGGAAUUUAUUAGAAAAUAAUGGAUUAUAAAAAGAAGUGAGGGAAGGAACGGAUCUCCCGCUGAGUUGCAACCCGAUUUGCUACUCUUCAGUUUGUUGAUUGUUUUUAUUGAUAGGUGUCUUGAUGAUACUCUGAUAACACCUUCAAUAUUAUUAUUUUUGGGGGGGAGCGUUACACUUUUAAAAAAAGGAAACAACAGCAACAACAGCCCCCCCCCAAGUAUUCUCCCCUUCUCCCCCUCUCCUGCUCAGAAUCGGUGUCUCCAUCCAUGUGCUUGUUUGCUCCCCCGCGUUCCACUUAAAACUAUUUUAAUCCUGGACCCAAGGAGGAGGCUGAUAGGGGGGUGGAUACAAAAAGUUCUUCCAAAAUAGUGUGCACGGGGAGCAGGAUGGGGGAUUUCGCAGCCCCCGCUGCUGCCACCGCGAAUGGCAGUAGUAUUUGCAUCAACAGUAACCUGAACAGCAGCCUCGGUGGGGCCGGUAUCGGUGUGAAUAAUACUCCCAAUAAUACUCCCGCUGCACCGAGUAACAAUCACCAUGCUGGCGGCGGCGGCGGCGGCGGCGGUGGCGGUGGCGGCGGCGGCGGCGGCCCCGGGGGCAGCGGCGGCGGCCCGGGGAGCGUCCCCAAGCACAGCACCGUGGUGGAGCGGCUGAGGCAGCGCAUCGAAGGCUGCAGGCGGCACCAUGUCAACUGUGAGAACAGGUACCAGCAAGCCCAGGCGGAGCAGCUGGAGCUGGAGCGCAGGGACACGGUGAGCCUCUAUCAGAGGACCCUGGAGCAAAGGGCCAAAAAAUCGGGCGGCGGGGGCGGCGGCGGAGGCAGCAAACAGCCCCCGCAGCACUCGAGCAAACAGCAGCAAGAUGCAGAGUCUGCCACAGCGGAGCAAAGAAAUCACACUCUGAUCAUGCUACAAGAGACUGUGAAAAGGAAGUUGGAAGGAGCCCGGUCCCCCCUUAAUGGAGAGCAGCAGAAUGGCGCGUGCGAUGGGAACUUUUCCCCAACAAGCAAGAGGAUCCGGAAGGACAUUCCUGCAGCAAUGGACACUAUUAGUAAUCUGCCCAACAAUAUGCCUUUGCCUUCUGCUUCUCCUCUUCACCAGCUGGACAUGAAGCCUUCUUUACCCUUGCCCAACAGUGGAGCUCAUGCUCCAGGGAUCAUAGAAGAGCUGGGUAAGAAUGGCAGGCUGCCAGAAAUUAAACUUUCCGUGAAUGGUUGCAGUGACCUUGAGGAUAGCUUUGCCAUCCUACAAAACAAGGAACUCAAACAAGAACCACUGGAUGACCCCACCUGCAUAGACACUUCGGAAACGUCACUUUCCAAUCAGAACAAGUUGUUCUCAGACAUUAACCUCAAUGAUCAAGAGUGGCAGGAGUUAAUAGAUGAGCUGGCCAACACCGUCCCUGAAGAUGACAUACAGGACUUAUUCAAUGAAGACUUUGAAGAGAAGAAGGAACCAGAAUUCUCUCGGCCGACCACCGAGACGCCCCUCUCUCAAGAGAGCGCGAGUGUAAAGAGUGAUCCUUCUCACUCUCCAUUUGCCCAUGUCCCCAUGGGAUCUCCCCAAGGGAGACCAUCAUCUUCUGGUCCGCCAUUUUCCAACGUCUCCACAGCUAGUAGCAUCCCUUCUGUUUCCAGUACUCCUGCGGCACCAAAUCCUGCCAGCUCACCAGCAAACUGUGCUGUCCAGUCCCCCCAAACUCCCAACCAAGCUCACACUCCCGGCCAAGCUUCGUCGAGGCCGGGAAAUGGUUAUCUUAUGACUCCGGCGGCAGGAAAUGUGACCAGUUCAGGUCCCGGUCCUGUGGCGGUGUCCAGUGCGGAUUUAUCUCCUGCAGAACAGCUCAAACAAAUGGCUGCCCAGCAACAGCAAAGAGCUAAACUUAUCCAGCAGAAGCAGCAGCAGCAGCAACAGCAGCAGCCCCAGCCACAGCAUCCAAGUCAGACUUCGAGUUGGUCCCCAGUGGGGCCCCCAUCCAGUCCCUAUGGAGGAGCCUUCAAUGCAGACAAACCAAAUAGCCCGAUGAUGUACCCCCAAGCCUUUAACAACCAAAACCCCAUAGUGCCUGCCAUGGCAAACAACCUGCAGAAGACGACCAUGAAUAACUACCUCCCCCAGAACCACAUGAAUAUGAUCAAUCAGCAGCCAAAUAACUUGGGUACAAACUCUUUAAACAAGCAGCCCAGUAUGCUAACUUAUGGAAACACGAAGCCCCUGACCCAUUUCAACGCAGAGCUGAGUCAGAGGAUGACGCCCCCCAUGGCCAAUCCCAACAAAAACCCGAUGAUGCCGUACAUUCAGCAGCAGCAGCAGCCACCGCAGCAGCAGCCUUUGCCGCAGCAAGCGCCCCAGCAGCAGCCGGCGCCACCGCCGCAGUCCCAGCCCCAGCUGCAGGCUCAGAUGGCACACUUGAAUGAGGAACAGAAGCGCAUGCUUCUCAUGAAGCAGAAGGGAGUGAUGAAUCAGCCCAUGACCUAUGCGCCUCUUCCUUCCCAUGGCCAGGAUCAGCACCCAGUAGGCCUCUCUCGGACCACGGGCCCUAUUCAGUCCUCAGUGGCCCCAGGUUCUGGCAGCAUGGUUACUGGCGCCAACCCUGGGGGUCCCAGCUUCUUGGCCACACAGCCCCAGGCAGCUAUCAUGAAGCAGAUGCUCAUUGAUCAAAGGGCACAGUUAAUGGAGCAGCAGAAGCAGCAGUUUCUGAGAGAGCAAAGACAGCAGCAACAACAGCAGAUUCUUGCUGAACAGCAGUUACAGCAGUCUCAUAUGCCCCGGCAGCAUCUCCAGCAGCGGACUCCUUAUUCAGUACAGCAGGUCAAUCAGUUUCAAGGUUCUCCCCAGGAGAUGGCGGCCGUGAGGAACCAGGCAGCUCUCCAGAACAUGAGAGCUUCCCGGAUGAUGGCCCAGAGUGCCGGCAUGAUGGGAAUGGGACCUUCCCAGAACCCCGGGGCCAUGCCCUCCGCAGCAGCUCAGUCCGAGCUCGGAAUGGCCCCUUACAGCAACCCCCCCACCAGCCAACCAGGAAUGUACAACAUGAGCGCAGGGAUGAGCCAGAUGCUCCAGCACCCGAACCAAAGUGCCCUGGGCAUGAGCCACGGCCAGGCCCAAGGCCCGAGGCAGCCGGCAGCCGCUCAAGGAGUCGGCAUGGUGAGUGGGUUCAGUCAGAGCAUGCUGGUGAACUCAAGCAUCCCCCAACAGCAUCAACAGAUGAAGGGACCCGUGGGACAGGCCCUGCCCAGGCCCCAAGGCCCUCCGAGACUUCAGAGCAUCAUGGGGACUGUCCAGCAAGGAGCACAAAACUGGCAGCAGAGGAGCUUGCAGGGAAUGCCCGGGAGGACUAGUGGAGAUCUGGGUCCAUUCAACAAUGGAACCACGUACCCCAUGCAGGCUGGACAGCCUCGGCUGACCAAGCAGCAUUUCCCGCAGGGGAUGAGCCAGUCGGUCGUGGACACCACUGGCGCCGUGAGAGCUCUCAACCCGACCGCCAUGGGUCGGCAGAUGAUGUCAUCCCUUCCCGGGCAGCAAGGGAACGCCCAAACGAGGCAGAUGGUCAUGCCGGGCAUGGGCCAGGGCGUCCCCGGCAUGCCGGGAUUCAGCCAGCCUCCUGGCCAGCCGCCGAUGCAGAGCGGCAGCUUUGCCCCCAGCAGCCAGGGCCAGGCUUAUGAUCGGAAUCCAGCCCAGGAUCUCCCUUAUAAUUACAGCAGCGAAGGAGCUGGGGGCUCUUUCCCCAGCCUAGCAGAAGGCGCCGACCUGGUGGACUCCAUCAUCAAAGGAGGGCCCGGGGACGAAUGGAUGCAAGAGCUUGAUGAGUUAUUUGGCAAUCCCUAAUCACAGGGGACCCUGAGAGCCAAAACUCCAGAGGUUAAAGUUUAAAAAGAAAAAAAAAAAAAGGAAACAGGAUGUCAUCCCAUCCUUGUUUUUUAUUUUUUUUUUUAAUCUGUGCAAAUUGAGCUGAACUGUAGCAGGCAGAUGGUGGAAGUUAAAGGUGGCGCUUGCCAGCCACCAUAGCCCUCAUUUUACAGAACUUCCACAUAUAGCGAUCUCAACUCCAUGGCACCUGCCUACUGGGUAUGAGAGAGACAGACAGAGGGACAGGUUGGGGGAAGAAUCCACGCCAGCCUGUGGCCCCAUGGGACAACCAUUCUCCUGAUUCCAGGGAUGACUUGCCAGUCCCCUGCCCAGCUGAGCAGGACUGCCAUCCAAAGUCAAGGAGUCCCAUAGUCUGUCCAUCCCUAGGUCUUCUCGGGCCACCAGAAAAGACAGAGCCUCAGGCCGUGGGGAGGAACCCCUUCCCAUCCAAGCUGCUGGGGGAUUGCACAGGCCGGGCACUGGUGGAUCAGAAUUAUGCUGAACUCUGGGUGGAAUUCCAGGCUACUGUUUGGGAGGGCGGGCGGCAGUUUCCAAGAGAGCUUAGCGGCCCCCUCCCGACGCCCAUGACGAACCUCAAGAAUCCCGAAGGCGGGGCUGCCGGAGGCUGCCCAAGGAGAGCCGGGUGAUCUUGGAGGAAGAGUGUCAACCGGGCGAUACAAAGAGAAGAGCCCUUAGAAGACGAGUCCAUCACUGUUGUGACCGGUGGUCGUGGCCAUUGUUUAGUAGCUAGAAGACUCCAGACUUCCCAAGCUACUGUGGGGUCCAGUACAAUGCUUAUGAAUCUAGUGAGUUUUUCCCAUCUCUACUUCUGACAGUGUAGCAUCUAACGAGGGGAGCGAUGGACAGACAUCCGCCGGACUCUGGAGAUGUCAUUCAGGCCCUCCACUCCCUCCUUUUGCUUCUACUUCUCCUGUUCCUUACUCCCAACCCUGAUUCCAAUUGCCUAAUUCAUACAGCUUUUCUUUUCUUUACCAGUAUCCCAAAUGAAGCGACUUCCUUUAACUGAGCCUUGUCAUGGCUAAAGUGAAUGACAGAAGGGAUUCUGCUCUGCCAGAUAUCGCAAAGGGAUUCUGGCAUUUCCUGCCUCUAAGUGUAUGAUAGUUACCAGUACUACCACGGGGGCCAUGGAAGUCUAUUCUACUGUCUGACAGCACUUGCAGGCUACUGGCCCUGUAAUUCCGACAUCUCCAAAUGGGGAUGGACCUUCAGGAGGAGAAUUCUGGUCCACUCAGAUCAGUUUGCUAAAAUGUGUCCCUGACUCUUUAGUCCGGGUUCAGUCAUCUGGGGGAGAAGUCAUCCCCCGCAUCAUCUGCCAAUGACGCCUUUUCCUUGGCAGAUUGAUCACAAAUUUUCUGAGAAUUUGAAGGCAGCAGUCAACUAGUAUGUCUGGCAAAUGUUGUUUCUAGAAAGGGGAUGUGGUCCCUGUUGAGCUAAAUAUUCCCUACUAAACCAUCCCAGGUAUUUACUCUCUCUGGGGUUAUUCUCUCAAUCUGACUCUGUCCAAAGGCACCAACAAUUUAGCUUCUGCGUGUUCCUUUAUUUCUUCCCCAUUCCCCUGCUCCCCCUCCUACCACUUCAUCACGGGGACCAUCAGCCUAAGAGAAAUCUAGACAGAAGGAAGCAAGGAGAAAAGUGAAUAAAUUUGGUCUUUGGUCCUGAUGAUACACGUGCUUUUAGCUCACCCAAAGCCAGAGCCAAGAGCAUUCAAAUCCACAGAUACCUGUGGAGAAAGAGGGGUACAGACUGACCCACGCUGGGAGAAAUCCAAAGAGAAAGAGCUUGAGUAGAAGACUAAGAUAGGAGGAAAUGAUCUGCCAAAGCCUCCCUUGGCUUGCCUCCUGGAGAGGAACCAGUGCAUGGAUCUGCACGUAGCAAGAAGAGGAUGCAGAGCUAGCGGUGACUCCAAGUUGGCGAGAGGAACAUGGUGGGAGCCGCUCUGGUUCAUGCAGGAGAGCCCUGUGGGACUGGAUAUAAGAGCCCUAAAGGUCAAGCCACAUUACCAGGGAAACUAAGAAUCAAAAUAGAUGAAAACCAAAAAGAAAAUAAAUGAAUGCAUUAGAAAGAGACAAAGUUAUGGAAAGAAAGGAGGAAGAACUCAAAACACAUCCACCUUUUUCUGAGAGGUACAGGAAGCCAACCAAUAUGCCAGUGUCAGCAAGCUAGAGGUGAGUGAUGAAGACAGAGGCUCUAUCAGCUUUGAAAAGCUUCCUCUGAAUACUCUGUACUGGGACCAAUUAAACAAGAGGUAGAUUUUAAUUAUUUUUUUUUUUUACUACGGUGCUGAUGUAUAUGUAAUGUCUAAAAAUAAAAAAAUGUUAUUUGUAAAUAUGUUUUUACAAUCCUGCAAAUAUCACUGGGUCUACUAUCUGUAAAAUAUAUACAUAUGAAUAUAUAUAUACUGUUUGUUUAAAAUAGAGUAUUUUUAUUUCAUUCCUUAACUCAUCAUCACUGCAAUGGCAUUACACUUCAAACUACAUCUGAUUACUAAUUUGUACUGUAUUACCUGAUGGCAACUGGCUCCAUUCUAUUCAGAUUUUUCUAGUUUUCUGUUUUUACCUUGUACAUUGAGCACUGCAUAUUUCCUUCCGAGAACUGUACAGAACUCUGAAAUGUAGAGAUGAAGUGAUGUUGGCAGACCACUUUUAAAGAAAAGGGCAAAUAAAAGAUUGUUACCUGAACCAA